AUGCGCAUCGCCCAGCUCCUAGCCCUCAGCGGCCUCAUGCUCGCCACCUCCGUCACCGCCGGCGGGGAGCUCGACCGCAACGACGUCCCCAACGGCUGCUGGGAGCCGUGCGGGCCCGUCGUCAACAUCUCGCACGCCUGCGACGCGAAGACCGACAACGACCGCGCCGAACUCCAGUGCGUCUGCCAGUGGGACCGCGCGGCCACGCUGAUCCCGCUGUGCGAGGCUUGUAUCGGGUAUUACCGGACUCAGCAGCAUCACGACGCCGACAACGACGACGACGACGAUGACGACGAUGAUAAUGAUAAUGACGAUGAUAACGACCUUCAUGAUAACGGGACAGACGCAUACGAUAUUCUAACUUCAUGCUCCCUGUCAACCACCACCUGGAACCCGGCGGCUGCGACCUCGGUGCUGAGCGCGGUGAAUGCGUCGGCGACGGGGAAUGCGACUGGGACGGGGGUCACGGGACGGGAUAGUGCUACUGGCUCCGGUGGUAGUAGUGGUGCAACGGAUCGGGCGGAUUCGGUUACGGCGACGGGCGCGGUCUCUGCUGAGGGGGCCCGAGUUACUGAUAAUGCGGCGCCGGGGGUCGUGGCGGCCGGGGGUCGUGGGGCUGCGUCUUUUGCGGCGGUUGUUGGGGUCGGGGUUCUUGUUUUGUUGUGA